GUCACGUGCCGCCCGCGGCCCGGGGUCACGUGACGGGGCGCCGGGGCGGAGGGAGCUGGGGCUGGGAGUUCUCCUAAGGGAAGAGGAGUGAAGUGGGGGGGACGCGGCGGCGGCGGCGCUGACAAUGAGUUUUCUUGGAGGCUUUUUUGGUCCCAUUUGUGAAAUUGAUGUUGUCCUUAAUGAUGGGGAAACCAGGAAAAUGGCAGAAAUGAAAACUGAAGAUGGCAAAGUAGAAAAACAUUAUCUUUUCUAUGAUGGAGAAUCUGUUUCAGGAAAGGUAAACCUAGCCUUUAAGCAACCUGGAAAGAGGCUAGAGCACCAAGGAAUUAGAAUUGAAUUUGUAGGUCAAAUUGAACUGUUCAAUGACAAGAGUAAUACUCAUGAAUUUGUAAACCUAGUGAAAGAACUAGCCUUACCUGGAGAACUGACUCAGAGCAGAAGUUAUGAUUUUGAAUUUAUGCAAGUUGAGAAGCCAUAUGAAUCUUACAUCGGUGCCAAUGUCCGCUUGAGGUAUUUUCUUAAAGUGACAAUAGUAAGAAGACUGACAGACUUGGUAAAAGAAUAUGAUCUUAUUGUUCACCAGCUUGCCACCUAUCCUGAUGUUAACAACUCUAUUAAGAUGGAAGUGGGUAUCGAAGAUUGUCUACACAUAGAAUUUGAAUAUAAUAAAUCAAAGUAUCAUUUAAAGGAUGUGAUUGUUGGAAAAAUUUACUUCUUAUUAGUAAGAAUAAAAAUCCAACAUAUGGAGUUACAACUGAUCAAAAAAGAGAUCACAGGAAUUGGACCCAGCACCACAACAGAAACAGAAACAAUCGCUAAAUAUGAAAUAAUGGAUGGUGCACCAGUAAAAGGUGAAUCAAUUCCAAUAAGACUAUUUUUAGCAGGAUAUGACCCAACUCCAACAAUGAGAGAUGUGAACAAAAAAUUUUCAGUAAGGUACUUUUUGAAUCUAGUCCUUGUUGAUGAGGAAGACAGAAGGUACUUCAAGCAGCAGGAGAUCAUUUUAUGGAGAAAAGCCCCUGAAAAACUGAGGAAACAGAGAACAAACUUUCACCAGCGAUUUGAAUCUCCAGAAUCACAGGCAUCUGCUGAACAGCCUGAAAUGUGAACUGAAUAGGAGAAAAAAAGGAAAACAAAAAACUCCUAUAUCCGUUGAGAUUAAGUUUGGCAGGGUAAAGAUGGUUGCAGCGUGUAGGGAGAAAAAGGCCAGAACUCCAUUUAUAAUAGUCUUCCUUUAUCUUACAGUGCUGCAUUUAUUUUAUGAUAUAAUGAAAUGUUCUUCGUGUAUAUACAUUAAAGAAAAUGCUUUCUUUGAAACACUGGAACUUUCCUAAGCUGCCGGUUUGUUUUUUUACUGCACACUUUGAUUUGAUGAUAAGCACUCAGAUAUGCCUCAGCAUAAACAUUAAAGAUUUUCAUGUGAGUAGGCUGGUAUUUGUAAUUUUGCUUUCUUUCUGCAUAACGUUGAUUAUAAACCCUUUUCUUCUCCUUUUUCAUGCUAAUGAUUACCUCUUACUUUCUACAUGCAAAAAUUAACUAUUUUGUGUUCAAAUAAAAUUACAAAACCUGAGUGGCCCUUACGUCCUGCAAAGAUUUAAAACAUGGCAUCUCAAUAUUUUUGAGAACUACAUUUAUGUUUUUACAUAUGUGUUUGAGAAAUGCAUAUGGAGUGUUUCACUGUAGGUGCUUCUGAGUCUACCAUUCCAUGGCUUCCUGGAUUUUAUCCUCUUUUAAGUCUUCUGUGGUAUGACUAUUUUUUUUCCCCCAAGGGAUUAUGUGGCAUGUCUUUGUAGCCGCCUUUUUUUUUUGGCCAUAUUAAGUAACCAUUUUGCUACUGCUAUCCAGCAGGUACCACUGUCUGUUUUCUGCAAUGUGGAAUUGACUCUAUGUUGGCAUUUUAGAAUUCGUUCAAACUAUAUAAUUUUUCCAUAUAUACUUUGAAUUUGUUUUUAAUUUAAGGAAUUUUUUUACCACAUAUAAGCAAAUAUAACUUUCUUGACUUCACAAAUAUUCUCUUCCCUUUUCAGGAGAAAAUUUGAGGAUGGGGACUCAGGAGGACCAGUGAAGCAUGUAGUUAUCCAGAUCUGGGGAAUUUCAUGUUUGUUAAUCAAAUUUAAACUUUAUUGACUCUUUAAAUUUUUUUUAACACUAAAUUCAAGUCACUUGUUCAAAGUCUCUAAAAAAGAAGGCUGCAGUCAUCUGUUCAUAUGCAUGGGCUCUGAUCUCAAAUACACUAAAUGUGGGAUGUAGGAACUAAAAUAAAGCCUGCUGUGUGAAACUACUUUCACUUAUGGUUCAUUGGUUUUUGUACCAAUAAUUUUUUAUACACUUCAGUGCAAGUCUUGUCAGUUAACCUUACUUGAUGAGUAAGCUAAGUAACCCAAAUUACAUUUCUUUAAACCUAUUUUACUACUAUGGCACUUUGAUAAAAUGGUCAGUAACCAACUUCUUUGCUGGCAAAAGGUUCCAUGUGCCAUGUGCUGGAGCAUCUAUUUUAAAUAUGGGUAUCUGUGAAUGGUAAUGUUUUCCUUCAUGUAAGUGCCUGUUCAGAGUUUCAGAAUUUAAAAAUGCCAAAUAUUUUCAUGGUCACUUGCAUGUAGUAAUCUAGAAAAUACUCGAAAUUUUUGAAAACAAAUUGUAUUUAACCAGCCUCAAAUUGUGCAACCAUAGUAUAUAAUAAAGAAUUUGAAACAGA